UGCGCACUCAAUUGCGCCACACACCACACACUCAGGGAGCGAGACACACGCGGCAGAGCUCUCGAUCACAGCGCGCGCAGCCGGAUCGUUCCAAAUUUCAAAAUUCGAAUGUAACCGCAGCGGCGGGAUGCGACAUUAUAUCCGUCUGUCGGCGCUUUGAUCAACGCACUACCCGCAGGAUGGAGAGGAAACUUGGCUGAACUUACAGCUGAUUUUUCAUUUGCUUUACUUCAGACAUGGAGAGCUGACAGCUGAACGCGUGCAAGCGGAAGUACGACGACAGACAGCCACAGGAGCCACUAGAUCUACACAUUGGGCGACGAUUUUAGGCCAUAGCAGCUGUCCUCAGUCAUGGCUGCUUACGGACAGACGCAGUACAGCCCCGCGUUACAGCCGGCCGGUCCGUACACACCGUACACACAUCACACACAGGGCUACAGCAUGACGUCCUACAAUAUUAAAACAGAAGAUGGCCUGAGUCAUUCACCAGGACAGAGCGGUCUGCUGGGAUACACGUCCAACUUCAGCGGCACUCCACCCGCUCAGACGCUCUACAGUUACUCCACACACGGCGGCAGCAUUUCUUCUGGAAUUUUCCAGGGUGCAAACAGCAUCACAGGCUCAACGCCGUUCAGUCCUGCACAGCAGGACUUCUCAACAUAUUCUAACUACAGCCAAAAUCAAUAUUCGCCAUACUACAACACACACUACAACAGCCCGUACAUCACAACCAGCAAUAUCACGCCCUCAGCCAUCACCACGGCGAUACCCUAUCAGCACACAGAUCAUCCAGCUGUAUCGACCAAUCACAGCCCGGAAUCACACACAGCAGAGUACCAUGCUCCCACGAGUCCUCCGACUCCAGGAAAGGAGCAGGAAGGUGCUCCAGCGAGACGCAGCUCAGAUGGGAAGCUGAGAGGCAGGAAGAGGGCCAGUGACCCUGUCCCCCCUCUGGACUCUGAGAUUGAGGUACAGACGCUGGCCUUCACGGCGUCCCUGACACAACACCUUUCAUUAACAUUCCUGUGCUCCGGACCGCAGGGAUUACUCUCACAUCCAACCCAGAGAUGUGCUUUCUGUGUUUUGAUCCAGGACUCUGGCAAGGCUGUGUCUCUGGGCUUGUGGAUGGAGGAGAUGAUCUUCAACUUGGCAGAUUCACGUCUGUUUUUCAACGACCUGGAGGAAUGUGACCAAGUUCACAUCGAUGAUGUGGCCUCGGAUGACAAUGGGCAGGACUUGAGCACGUAUAACUUUGGCACGGAUGGCUUCCAGAGCCCAGCAGGUGGAAGCACGCUCUGCUUGGGCUCAGGUGUUCACGGCGGGGUCGACUGGAUGAGGAAACUUGCCUUCCGCUACCGCAGAGUCAAAGAGAUCUACAACACCUACAAGAACAAUGUAGGAGGUUUGCUGGGCAGUCCGAAGCGGGAAGAGUGGCUUCAGCUGAGGCGGGAGAUGGAGGUUUUGACGGAUCUGUGGCUGACGCAGGCACUCAAAGCUCUCGCUCUCAUCAACUCCAGACCGAAUUGUGUGAACGUGAUGGUCACCACCACGCAGCUGAUCCCAGCGCUCUCCAAAGUACUGCUCUACGGGCUUGGAGGAGCUUUUCCCAUCGAGAACAUCUACAGUGCCACCAAAACAGGUAAAGAAAGCUGCUUUGAGCGCGUGACCCAGAGGUUCGGCCGCAGAGCCGUGUAUGUGGUUGUAGGGGAUGGAGUCGAGGAGGAGACGGUCGCCAAGAAGAAGAACAUGCCGUUCUGGAGAGUGACGUGCCGGGCAGAUCUGGAGGCGUUGAGUCACGCACUUGAGCUGGAUUACCUCUAGAGGACAGCAUCCGUCUGCUGUCUCCUCCCCAUGUGUGGUCCACAGGGAUCACAUGACCCAGCCAAGAACUGCAGGACCAAUCAGCAGGGAGCAGCAAUCUUACUGGAAACGUUUGCUUCAAAUCAAUCCAAGAAAAAUGCUUUUCUCUCUUUCUCGCGCUCCAGCUGAGAGGCUCAGCUCUUUCAUUCACUCGCUUUUCUUCACAACAGCACUGCACUGAAAACAAAGACCCUUCAGCGACUGAUUCAGAAAGCCUGUGUUCGGAAUGACAUACUAUCACACUACUUGUACUAUUUCUGCAGUAUGCAGUAUAUAUACUGCGCACAGUGUGUAUUUUGUUUUUGCAGAAACCCAGAUGACAAUGGAGCACAACACAUGGGUUUCCCAGAAUGCAAUGCACUUGACUUGACUUUACACAGCUCAUCUCUGGACUGCCAAAAACUGAAAACAAUUCCCCCAAAAAACUGAUUCAAAAUAACUUUUUUUAUUUCUGAGAUGAAACUAGAAGUCAUGUGACAAUGCAGCAAACUACUGUUUGAAAUGUUUAUCAUAAUGCAUAAUGUGUACUAUUUUUUAUAUUAAGCAGUAUACAGUGUAAAGUGUGCAGUAUGCUGUAAUGUUUGUUAGUAUUGUUUUCUGAACAUAGCCAUUCUGAAACAACCCAUUUUAAGGAUGAAAGGGGUGUAAAAAUAGAAGAUUUUAGCAUCAAAAAUAAGAUUUACAUUUUUUACAGCAUUAAAUCAUAUGCAUUUCCAUGAACAAAAGACCAAAUUCAUAAGUGAAGAGAAAAAAUACAAGAUUUGAUCAUUUUAUGUAAUCAGAACUGAGAUUUUUCUUGCAAUAUCAUACCAAAUUGAUUGAAUAUUGCACCAUACGUAAAAAUAAUAAUUCAAUAUAUGUUAACUACAUUAAAAUGCAUUCAAAUUAAGAUAUUGUACUAAAACUGCAGAAAAACUAACCCCUCACUUUUUGAGUACAAAGUACUGCAAAUCCACUUAUUUUAAUGGAAACCCCUGAAUAGAUUUAAAAGUGAACUAACCAUGAAAUUAGCCAAAGUAUUGUAGCGAAUGAUACUGCUACUGGUACUAAAAGAAAUUACAUGAUUAACUUAUGAAUGUCAGUGUCCUGUGAGUUUCUGACUUCUUUUCUUCCUGUCUCUCUGAUGUUUGCCUGAACAUCAUGUGGUUUGUUACUGAUGUGUAUUUGUUAUUUUGCUGAAGUUGAUAUACUGUAUACUGUACUGUACUGUAUGUGCCGCUCUGACCUGCAUGUGCUCUCGCAACUGCUUCUUUUCGCUAUGAUUUGUAUAUAAGGUUUUAUUGUUGAUUAUUUCUGGGCUUAUUAUAAUAGAAUAAAGAUAAAUUAAUUUCA